AUGGGGGUUGACAACUUCACUGCUACAACAGAAUUCAUCUUGGUAGGGCUAACCAGUGACCGCAAGACACAAAUUCUUCUCUUUGUGCUAAUUCUCCUAAUGUACAUCUUUACCCUUCUGGGAAACCUGGGGGUCAUAGUGCUGGUACAAGUCGACUCUCGCCUCCACACACCCAUGUAUUUCUUCCUCUCAAACCUUUCAAGUGUGGAGAUCGGUUUUAUCACAAGUACUGUACCCCAGAUGCUGAAUCACCUUCUAACGAGGCAUGGAGAAUUGUCCUUAGUCCGUUGUGCAUUACAGAUGUACAUGACUUUGGCUCUGGGUUCUGUCGAAGCAAUUCUGCUGGCAAUCAUGGCUUAUGAUCGUUACAUAGCUGUCUGCCAUCCCUUAGUAUAUGCUACAGCCAUGGGAAAAUGGCGGCAGCUCCAGCUUGCCUCAGCCUGUUGGCUAGCUGGCUUUAUCAUUGCUGCAAUAUGUGUGAGCAUCACCUUUCAGCACCCUUUCUGUGGUUCCUGCUGCAUCAACCACUUUGUCUGCGAGAUACCAAUGGUGUUAAAGCUUGCAUGCGAUGACACCCACAUCACACAACAUAUCAUUGUUAUGUUUGCAGGGAUUGUCAUUCUGGGACCCUUUUCAGUCAUCUUGACCUCCUAUGGCCUCAUUCUUUUCUCCGUGUUGCAAAUGGGGUCAGUCACUGGAGUACGCAAGGCCUUCUUUACAUGUGGAUCCCACUUAGUAGUGGUCACUUUGUUCUAUGGUGCCAUCAUCUUUGUUUACAUUAGGCCUCCGUCAGGAACAUCUCCUGAAAAUGAAAAACAAAUGGCUGUGUUUUACCUUGUGGUCACUCCUCUUCUGAAUCCUCUCAUUUACACCCUGCGGAACAAGGAUGUCCAUGAAGCAGUGGCCAAGGUGCUGCGAAGAUGGGUUUUAUGA